UUCGCGCAGACAAAGAUGGCGGUACGGAAGAAAGACGGCGGCCCGAAUGUAAAAUAUUUCGAAGCGUCUGAUACCGUCUCGCAGUUCGACAAUGUCCGGGUUUGGCUGGGCAAGAAUUAUAAAAAGUAUAUUCAAGCAGAGCCUCCCACCAAUAAAUCUCUGUCGAGCCUGGUGGUUCAGCUACUUCAGUUUCAGGAGGAAGUGUUUGGCCGGCACGUCAGCAACCCACCCCUCACUAAACUACCGAUGAAAUGUUUUCUGGAUUUCAAAUCUGGAGGCUCUCUGUGUAAUAUUCUGGCUGCUGCCUACAAAUUCAAGAGUGAUCAAGGAUGGAGGAGAUUUGACUUUCAGAACCCUUCAAGGAUGGAUCGCAAUGUUGAAAUGUUCAUGACCAUUGAAAAAUCUCUGGUACAGAAUAACUGUUUGUCCCGCCCUGUGAUUUACCUGAGUUCAGAGAUAGAGGCCAAGCUACUGGGAAAACUAAAGGACAUUAUUAAACGACAUCAGGGGUCUGUGACUGAGGAUAAACUGUCCAGUUCUCAUGUAGUGGUGCCUAUUCCUGCUAGUCUGGAGGAUGAGGAGUGGGUCCGUCCUGUUAUGAAAAGAGACAAACAGAUGCUGCUGCACUGGGGUUACUGGCCAGACAGUUAUGACACAUGGAUCUCAGCCAAUGAGGUGGAAGCUGCAGUGGAGGAUCCGCCCACAGCUGAAAAACCCAGGAAGGUUCAUGCGAAGUGGAUUCUCGACUUGGAUCAGUUUAACGAGUGGAUGAACGAGGAAGACUAUGAGGUGGGAGAGGGGGGGCCGAGGAGAAAGAGGAUUUCAGCGAAAACCCUCACGGACGAAGUGAGCGCACCAGAUGAAAGGAGGGACAAAAAACCCAGCAGUGCCAAAAAGAGGAAACGCUCCCCCUCUCCAUCACCAACACCUCCACCACAGGAGAGCAAGAAGAAAAACACUAAAAAAGGGCCCACUACUCCCUACACUAAAUCCAAACGAGGGCAAAGAGAGGAAGAACAGGAAGAUCUGACAAAAGAUCUAGAUGAACCUUCACCUGUACCUGCAGUGGAGGAAGCCACACUACCUAAAACAGUGACUAAGAAGGACUCGGAUUCAACUCCAGUGAAAGGAGGAACUAUGACAGACUUGGAUGAGCAAGAGGAUGAAUCAAUGGAAACAGUAGGAAAGGAGGAAGAAGAGGGUUCCCCCAGUGUGAAAGGAGAACCGGUGAAGGGUUCGGACCUCCAUGAGGAUAAUGUCACUGAACAGACCCAUCACAUUAUUAUUCCCAGCUAUGCUGCUUGGUUUGAUUAUAACAGUGUUCAUGCUAUAGAGCGCAGAGCACUGCCUGAGUUUUUUAAUGGGAAGAACAAGUCCAAGACUCCUGAAAUUUAUCUGGCUUACCGUAACUUCAUGAUUGACACGUAUCGACUGAACCCGCAGGAGUAUUUGACAUCCACAGCUUGCCGUAGGAACCUGGCUGGAGAUGUCUGUGCCAUUAUGAGGGUUCAUGCAUUUUUGGAACAGUGGGGAUUGAUUAACUAUCAGGUGGAUUCAGAGAGCCGACCGACUCCUAUGGGACCUCCACCCACCUCACACUUUCAUGUGCUUGCAGACACUCCAUCGAGUCUGGUACCACUACAACCUAAAACGUCUCAGACUUCGACCUCACAGCAGAUGCUCUCAUUUCCAGACAAAGUGAAGGACAAACCGGCCGACCUGCAGAACUUUGGACUCAGAACAGAUAUGUACAGCAAGAAGUCCGGCCCGACUAAAAAUAAAAAUGCUGCCAGUGCCACUCGGGAGUGGACGGACCAGGAAACACUACUACUCCUGGAGGGUCUCGAGAUGUACAAGGACGACUGGAAUAAAGUAUCAGAGCAUGUAGGCAGCCGAACGCAGGAUGAGUGCAUCCUCCACUUUUUACGUCUACCCAUUGAAGACCCCUACCUGGAGGAUAGCUCCUCCUCCGUGGGCCCGCUUGCCCAUCAACCAAUCCCCUUCAGUCAAGCCGGUAACCCUGUCAUGAGCACUGUGGCGUUCCUGGCCUCUGUGGUUGACCCUCGUGUGGCAUCCGCCGCAGCUAAAUCUGCACUUGAGGAGUUCUCUCGCAUGAAAGAGGAGGUGCCGGCUGCGUUGGUAGAGGCUCAUGUGCGUCGGGUGGAGGAUGCGGCUCGAAACAGCGGCAGAUCAGACCCUCUCUUCGGCCUGGAGGGUAGUGGCAUCGCUGGCACGGGUCUUGAGGAUGCUGACAAACCCGCUGAGGAGAACAGCGAGGAGACCAAGACCAGUGACGUCCAAUCCAACCAGGAUAAGAGGGACAAGGAGAGCAAAGAUGGAGUCAGUGAGGAGGAGGAGAAACAAGGGGAGAACGGAAAGAAAGAGGAAGAGAGAGCAAGAGAAGCGGAGACAGAGAGAGAAACAGAGAAGACGGAUACAGAAAUGGCGGAUGGCGAGAAGGAGAAAGAACAGAAAGAAGGAACAGAGGAGGGUCCGAGGGACAGAGAGAGCGAGGGAGAGAAGAAAGCCAAGGUGGAGAGGGAUGUAGGAGAAGGAAACCUGGCCACCGCUGCCGCUUCUGCACUCGCUGCUGCUGCCGUGAAAGCCAAACACUUGGCUGCAGUGGAGGAGAGAAAGAUCAAGUCUCUGGUGGCUCUGCUGGUGGAGACCCAGAUGAAGAAACUGGAGAUCAAACUUAGACAUUUUGAGGAGUUAGAGACCAUCAUGGACAGAGAGAGAGAAGCGUUGGAGUAUCAGAGGCAGCAGCUUCUUGCUGAUCGUCAGUCCUUUCAUAUGGAGCAGUUGAAGUACGCGGAGAUGCGAGCCCGACAGCAGCACUUCCAGCAGAUCCAACACCAGCAUCACAGUAACCAGCCUGGCAGUCAGCCAGUGGCUCCAUCUGUAGUGGGUCCAUCUGCAUCCCACCAGCCUGUCCCCAACGCCUCUGCCCCAACCCCAACACUGAGCUCCGCCAAUGCCCACAAUGAUGCUCCGCCUCCACCGGCCUCCCACAGCUCCCCUCCCACCAAUGCACAGGCCGGAGGAGCACAUGAUUCCAGCACUCAACUACCCGGAGAUUCUCUCUAUCCAAAUGCCCCCGUGGCCCCAACACAGUAAAGAGAGAGUGUCAACUAUUAAAAGGAGAUGAGAUAGAAAACAUGCGAGUGAGAUAAUGGAAGCGAUGUCUUCUUAGUUUUUGUCACUUUCAUCAUUUUUGGGAGAAAAUUAUAAACGUGAAUUUUGCCAGCAUCUUGAACUUGACAGGAUUUGGAAAAAAAAAAUGCUAAAGCUAAACCCAAACCCAGAUAAGCUUAAAACUGUCAAAAAAAGAAUAAAAAAGGAAAGACGACCUUUGGUUUGGACAUCAGGAAAAGUUCCAGUUAACAGCCAACAAAAGCACUCCUGACCCUCAAACAGCCUGCAUUCAAGUACCAUAAACAAAGUUCAGCCCUAAAAAGGCUAUACAUGUCAAUUUCCAAUAAGGUCAUCAGACCUUCAGCCAAACUACAGGAUCCAGGAACCUGUACCAGGAUCCAGCAAAGGGUACCUGUGAUCCUCAGCACCUUGAUGUAGGUACUUUAGACUCAAACGAAAAAGAGAAUGAGAAAUUGCACUUUUCGAAUGUUUCUCUAAUCUUAUUGGAGGGUUGAAGCAUCAAGUCAAAUUAGCCUUGACUUAAUGGUUUGUUUUAUCAGUGUUCUUUUAUCACUAAAUCUUUGUAUUUGUUUUCAUAGAAGCACUCGAUUUGGAAAGUCCGAAGAGAAACUUGACUUUGUAAUUGUUACUUUGUACGUGUGCGUGUGAAUGUCGGUUUUUCUCAUGGGAAAAUGUGAAAGCUUCAGUGGUUUGGCCUGUUUUUGUACGUACAACUAGAUUUUAGCAUGAGGAAAAGAGAAGGAGUUAGUAUUAAAUCUAUUUACUUUGUAUGAUGAGUCUUUGACAGCGUACUGUAAACCAUGUCAUCAAUAAUUGAUGUUUGCAUGUUAUUUUUUGGGUAUGGGUGCAGUUUGGAUGCACAAAAUAUCAUAUAGUGUUGCUUUACAUUUUGAACAGGUGAAGGUAGUGUUGUUCUCCAUCUCAUUGCUGUGCUUAUGAGAAUACUUCAUUAUGGGAGCGUAUGAUUAUCCGAUGGUACUGCUUACCAGGACAGCAGUAGCUUGGAUAGGUGUGUCAUUUUUAAAAAAAGAAAAAAUGUCAAAUAAUUCACUUCAAUAUGGUUCUUUAUUUUUUCAGGACGCAUAUCUCAUUUUUCAGUAUACAGUGUCCAUUCUUUAAUUCCAUUGUUGUUUGAGUGUUUUAGUAUCAGGCCAAACCCAGAGAAUGAAGGAAAAUCUUUUUUUUUUAUAAGUUGCAACUACCUGAUCAGUACUAAGAAGGGAGUUUAAAGUUACAUUUGAGGCUGUGGUUAAUGUGUCUCAUGUCUCCAUAUUGUAACCGUCCUAUUUUUGUAUUUUUAUAUAUUUCUUUACACUAUUAUGAAUGCUGUUAUCAUAUUAUACAUGUUUGUUUUCUCUUUCUGAUUGUGGACGUUCUGAUACGUUGAUGUGAAAGUCAGCCGAGGCUGGACUUGUGCGCGUGCGUGUGCAUGCCCUCUAUAGUUUUCCACACAUUCUUUGUAUGCCUUUUGUUUAUCCAGACUACAAAUAAUAGUAGUAAUGGGUUUAAAAAAGUGAAGAAAUCACGAAGCAAAUAUCAAAAUUAACACUUACACUCCUGCUGUAAUAUUACCUGCUGUUUACAUCAUCACACAUGUGAAUGCACAAAUAUGCAGUAGUCCAACAUGCAGUAUUACUGACAGAAGAUUCACAUCAACCUCACAGAUUUGCACGCAUUAUAACUAGUGUUGAAAAUCCAACCAAUCUGCUUAGCUCUACGGUCUGUCUUUUACAUUGUAGCGGUAUAGUAGCUGUCGUUUUUUAUAUUUUACAUUUUGUUAAUACUUUUUUUUUAUUGGUGACUUUAGUCACUGGUAACCAUUGUGUUAAAAUGUGUGUGAAUGUUAGACGACAUUCGGUUCGUCGUUUGUGGAAUUGUAGCAGGGGCAGACUGGCACCUGUUUACCUGUUUGACUAAGAAUGGUUAAAUUUUGGUUUAAAAAACACUGAAGGUUCUGCGCAAUAAAAGACAAUGUCAGUGA